GCGAGUGCUGCUGGGCCACAUUGAGCCCUUGUCAUUUCCUGGUUAAAGAUGGCGAAUGAGAAUGAGACAGCACCGAAGCCGAAGAAAGAAGAGGAGAUAGACGAUGACCAUGUGCACUGCAGCGACUGCGAAAAUGAAGAGCACCACUUUAAUGAUGGGGAGAAGAGCCCAGGAGACGAUAGUGGUGCUAAGAAGAAAAAGAAGAAACACAGGAAGAAGAAGGAUAAAUCUGGGGGCAAAGAGACCCCUCAGGACCCCCUGGCCAAGGUGAGCUCGCUUCCAGCAGACAAGUUGCAGGAGAUCCAAAAGGCCAUCGAGCUCUUCUCUGUCGGCCAAGGCCCGGCCAAAACCAUGGAGGAGGCGAGUCGUCGAAGCUACCAGUUCUGGGACACGCAGCCUGUGCCCAAACUAGGCGAGGUGGUGACGUCACAUGGCUCUAUCGAGCCAGACAAAGACAACAUCCGUGAGGAGCCCUACAGCCUCCCGCAAGGCUUCUCCUGGGACACCCUGGACCUGAGCAACCCCGCAGUGCUGAAAGAGCUGUACACCCUACUGAAUGAGAACUACGUGGAGGACGACGACAACAUGUUCCGCUUCGACUACUCGCCGGAGUUCCUUCUCUGGGCUCUGCGUCCCCCUGGUUGGCUGCCUCAGUGGCACUGCGGGGUGAGGGUGAACUCCAACCAGAAGCUGGUGGGUUUCAUCAGCGCCAUUCCCGCCACCAUCCGCAUCUACGAGGCGGAGAAGAGGAUGGUGGAGAUCAACUUCCUCUGUGUGCACAAGAAGCUGCGAUCCAAGCGAGUCGCUCCGGUGCUGAUCCGCGAGAUCACCCGGCGGGUCAACCUGCAGGGUAUCUUCCAGGCCGUGUAUACGGCCGGCGUGGUCCUACCCAAGCCCGUGGGGACGUGCAGAUACUGGCAUCGCUCUCUGAACCCACGCAAGCUGAUCGAGGUCAAGUUCUCUCACCUCAGCCGGAACAUGACUAUGCAACGCACCAUGAAGCUGUACCGUCUGCCUGAGGCACCAAAGACCCCCGGGUUGCGAACCAUGACCCGGAAGGAUGUCCCGGCGGUGCACCGCCUGCUCCAGCAGUACCUGCGGCAGUUCCACCUGGUGCCUGUCCUCAGCCCGGAGGAGGUAGAGCACUGGCUGCUGCCCCAGGAGAACAUCAUCGACACCUACUUGGUGGAGGGCGGCGAUGGCGAGAUAACAGACUUCCUGAGCUUCUACACACUGCCCUCCACCAUCAUGAACCACCCGGUGCACCGCAGCCUCAAGGCUGCCUACUCCUUCUACAACGUGCACACGGUCACGCCCCUGUUGGAGCUGAUGAAUGACGCCCUAAUCCUGGCCAAGGCGAAAGGGUUUGACGUUUUCAAUGCACUGGACCUGAUGGAGAACAAGACUUUCCUGGAGAAGCUGAAGUUUGGCAUCGGCGACGGGAAUCUGCAGUAUUACCUGUAUAAUUGGAAGUGCCCCAGCAUGAGCUCAGAGAAGGUGGGCUUGGUAUUGCAGUGACACCCCCCCCCCCUCCACAUACCUCGAUCAUGCAAGACUGCCAAGUCAAGAAGACAGCACUGAUGCCCCUCAAGACUGAUAGAUUGAUGGACUUCCUGCUUCAGGAACGAGACCUACCGCCAACUUCUUUUUUUUUUUUAUUACCCAGGCUGUACUGCUGCUGUUGGGCUGGGGAAGGGGGUAGCGGGGGGAUUGCUUAGUGCCGCCCCUCCCCCCCUUUUCUCCAUCAUUCCCCUGCAUGGAACUGAAGCCAUCGUUUUUCACUUUUCCAUCCCCAACAAUCAGAGAGCCAAGUGCAUAUAACACCUGUACAUCACGUGGUCUCACACUCUGCACACACUUGUCGGACUGCUUGUCUCUCACACCCAUUCACAACACUGACUUAUCCUUUCCCCCCCCCCUCCUUUCUUCCAUGGGAGGAGGAGCCUUUGUUGUCUUCAGAUCGAGCUUGAGAGGAAAUUUAAAAUCUGAACAAUCAAACGAAAUAGAAAUUAAAAAAAAAAAAAAAAAAAAAAUUUAAUAAACAUCCAGAAUGGACAAAGGAAGAUGGUUGCUGUUGAUGUUUGUAUGUUUGUUUUCUUAUCCCCCAAGUACCUUUAUCUUGUAAGUUGUGUUCUAACUCCGCCCCUUACUCCUUGGUUGUCAGUCCAGAGCAGUUUAGAGAACUUAAGCUGACUGACCUUUGUUGCUUUUUGAUGGUUAAAACAAAAGGGCCUUUUUGUGUUAAAUACACCUCAUUGUUGUCACUGUUGUAUUAACUGCACUGUGUCUCUAUUGCUCCCUCUAUAACAGGAGUAGGAGUCUUAUCCGCAGAGGGCCGGUGUCUGUGCUGGUUUUCGGGGUAACCUUUAGAUCUGCUGUUUAAACCCAAUCAGCCAAUCAGUCCUCUCAUUAGUAAUCUAAUUAGGGAGUUGCAGUGAAAACCUGCAUACCCAAUAGACCUUUCUGGACAAGAUUGGCCAUCCCUGCUCUAUAAAAUGUCCCGACUUCUAUGGUUUCUCCUGCGUGGCGUGUAGCAAAGCGCACGGGUCCGUGGGGAGGGGCUAGGGCUGCAGUUAGGGUCGUGCGGCCACGAGAGUUGAUGGGGCGUGUAAGUUUGACGUUGGAGGGAGAGUCCGGCCCACUUUCAUUUGUCUCGCUUGGGAGCAGAAUGAAACUGAUUCCUAUUACCAAGCUGUUGAUGUCCUUUGUGCCCUCAUAGGGGGGGCUUUCAAAAGGGGGGUGGCCUGUUUUAUGGAGAGAGAGAUGAAAGUGCAGGGUUUUUUUUGUGCAAAAUAAAUUAGAACUGCAAAUUUUGGUUUUUGUCUACCCAACUCAACCGUACUAUUAUAAUUAAAAAUUGCUACUUCAAUA